AUGUCAGAGGAUUCAAAGAAGCUCCCUGAUGAACUUCCUACAGAAUCAUCACCAGCUCCAUUACCAAUUCUUGAUUGGAGUAGCCCACCAGUUGGGAAAAUGUCAUGGCCAGAAUUACUAGGAGUGACAGCAGAGGAAGCAGAGAGGAAGAUAAAGGAGGAGAAACCAGAGCUGAAGAUACAUAUAAUUCCACCUAAUUCAAUGGUGACUAUGGAUUAUCGUUUAGACCGGGUUCGUCUCUUUGUGGAUGAAUCUGGAAAAGUUGCUCAAGAGCCUAGACUUGGCUAA